ACAGUAUUAAGUAUAUUAAUGACAUUAAAUUCAUAAUUUUUUUAAAACAAAGCAACAUACAGCUAAAAAUGUUUGAUAAGUAGUGGAAAUGAAUGGGGCUCUAUGGGUUGUUUGGAACUAUACAGAGCUCCACAACCCGGAAGCUGCGCAGAAAAAAUGUCCCGCCCCCUUUCCAACGGUUCCCUAUGGGAGUGUCGCCACUCUGUUCUCUCUACCGCUCUGAUCAUACCGUUUCGAGCUCUCUCUCAGUUUACUUCAGUUUUGUUCCACGAACUCAUCUGAUCAUCAAAAUGAGUGGACGCGGGAAGACCGGUGGUAAGACUAGAGCUAAAGCCAAGACUCGCUCAUCCCGUGCCGGCCUUCAGUUCCCCGUGGGUCGUGUUCACAGACACCUACGUAAGGGCAAUUACGCCCACCGUGUGGGAGCUGGUGCUCCUGUCUACUUGGCUGCCGUGCUGGAGUAUCUGACCGCUGAGAUCCUCGAGUUGGCUGGUAACGCCGCCAGAGAUAACAAGAAGUCUCGUAUCAUCCCUCGUCAUCUGCAGUUGGCCGUGCGUAACGACGAGGAGUUGAACAGACUGCUUGGAGGUGUAACUAUCGCUCAGGGCGGUGUGCUGCCUAACAUCCAGGCUGUUCUGUUACCCAAGAAGACCGAGAAAGCAGCCAAGGCCAAGGUGAAAUUGAAGACCAAAAUGAGUGGACGAGGGAAGACCGGUGGUAAGGCUAGAGCUAAGGCCAAGACUCGUUCAUCUCGUGCCGGCCUUCAGUUCCCCGUGGGCCGUGUUCACAGACUGCUACGUAAGGGUAAUUACGCCCACCGUGUGGGAGCUGGAGCUCCUGUCUACUUGGCUGCCGUGCUGGAGUAUCUGACCGCUGAGAUCCUCGAGUUGGCUGGUAACGCCGCCAGAGAUAACAAGAAGUCUCGUAUCAUCCCUCGUCAUCUGCAGUUGGCCGUGCGUAACGACGAGGAGCUGAACAGACUGCUUGGAGGUGUAACCAUCGCUCAGGGCGGUGUGCUGCCUAACAUCCAGGCUGUUCUGUUACCCAAGAAGACCGAGAAACCAUCCAAGGCCAAGUAA